ACGGACAAGGCAAACCCGAGGCGCUCGGUACCCUCGGCGGUGGCCCUCGCCGCUCCGCGUGAGAACGGGGACGGCAAGCAACUGUGUCUUCGCUAUAUUUCUGCCCAAGGAUGUCCAUCACCCAAUCCUGACCGGUGUACCCAUCACGUUCUGGGACACUUCGUGCCGUCGACCUUGGCCCCCGUCGUGAAGGCCUAUAUCGUGGAGAAAUAUGGUGGCCUG